AUGUCUUUCCGAGUUGUACGUAGUUCUAAGUUUCGGCAUGUGUACGGCCAAGCCCUAAAAAGGGAGCAGUGCUAUGAUAAUAUACGUGUAUCAAAAAGUUCAUGGGAUUCAACAUUUUGUGCUGUGAACCCCAAGUUUUUGGCAAUUAUUGUCGAAAGUGCUGGGGGAGGUGCCUUCAUCGUUUUACCACAUAAUAAGGUAGGACGCAUCGCGGCCGAUCAUCCUCUGGUCGGCGGUCACAAAGGACCCGUUUUAGACAUCGCUUGGUGUCCCCAUAACGACAACGUCAUAGCUAGCGGUUCCGAAGAUUGCGUCGUCAAAGUAUGGCACAUACCGGACCACGGUCUGAUCAAAACUCUGACGGAGCCCGUCGUAGAUUUGAUCUACCAUCAGAGGAGGGUCGGCUUGGUCCUUUGGCAUCCGACCGCUUUGAACGUGCUGUUGACUGCGGGCAGUGACAAUCACGUGGUGAUAUGGAACGUCGGUACCGGAGAAGCGUUAGUCGAAAUUAAUUGUCACCCGGAUAUCGUGUACAGCGCCUGUUUCAAUUGGGACGGCUCCAAAUUGCUUACGACAUGUAAAGAUAAGAAAAUUAGAAUUAUCAAUCCGAGAAACGGUGAAGUGGAAACGGAAGCCAUCGCCCACGAUGGUUCCAAGGCUACCAGAGCCAUCUUCUUAAGACACGGUUUAGUGUUUACCACCGGUUUCUCGAAGAUGUCCGAAAGGCAAUACAGUUUACGUACGCCGGACUGUUUGGAGGAACCGAUUGUGAUGGUAGAAUUAGAUACGUCGAAUGGUGUCAUGUUCCCCUUGUACGAUCCGGAUACGAAUCUCGUGUUCCUGUGCGGUAAAGGAGAUUCUGUAAUUAGAUAUUUCGAAAUAACAGCGGAACCGCCAUUCGUUCACUACAUCAACACUUUCCAAACGCCCGAUCCGCAACGAGGAAUCGGGAUGAUGCCAAAGAGAGGGUGCGAUGUUACUUCCUGCGAAAUAUCCAGGUUUUACCGGCUCAACAAUUCAGGUUUAUGCCAAGUAAUCACCAUGACAGUGCCUAGAAAAUCCGAACUCUUCCAAGAGGAUCUGUAUCCGGACACGAUCGGCGAUCAACACGCCUUGACGGCGGACGAAUGGAUAGGCGGUAGAGACGCCGAGCCUAAUUUGAUAUCGCUGAAAGACGGUUACAAACCUCCCGAAUCGAAAUCAUCGUUAUCUGUUUCUAGAAGAAGUAAUUUAUUAGAUAAAGGUACCAAAGGUGGUAAAGCUAGUCAACAAACUUCACCUGUUUCUGACAAGACGUUGCAGGAGUUCGCCGACGAAAUCAGGAAACUGAAAGCGGUGAUCGUGAAGCUCGAAAAUCGAUUGAGGGCCGUCGAGGGCGACGUGACCGUGAAAUUGGAAAAUCGCGUGAAAGAAUUGGAAGCGAUCGUGUCCAAUAAAAGUCACGUUAACGACGACGAUGACGGAGCUGGAGGCGGCGACGGUCUCAACACGGCAGUGUUGGCUUCUGAUGAAGUGUAA